AAAAUCGUGGCCAGUUGUAAUUCGAGCAGUGCGGUGGCACGACGUGGUGACCUGAUAAAAGAAUUAAACAAGACUAGUGAUUAUUAACCAGACGUGCCCAUUUGUGAUCUCAGCAUAGUGGGCUCUAUACAACCAUUAAACCAGCUGCAAUUGCAAUUAGAAAUAAAUAUAUAUAUACAAAUAAAAAAAAUGGCACAGCCAUCAGUAGCUGCAUUCUUUACCAAUCGCAAACGCGCUGCUUUGGAUGAUGCCACCAGCAUUAAGAAUAGGCGUUUGGCGGAACCCGCUGAAACAGUCGCCCCAGCCCCCUCACAAUUGCCCGUCGGCGACCAGGAUGCGGAUUUGGAUACUCUUAAGGCGGCGGUCAGCGGCAUGCGGACACGAUCUGGACGCACUGCACGCCUGAUUGUCACCGCCGCCCAGGAGAGCAAAAAGAAGACAUCGUCUUCCGCGAAAAUGGAAGCACAUAUCAAACAGCCUAAAUUGGUGCAGUUUAUCAAGAAGGGCACUUUAUCGCCUAGGAAACAGGCUCAGUCCAGCAAACUGGACGAGGAGGAGCUGCUGCAAUCAUCGGCUAUUAGUGAGCAGACCCCUAAGGUGAACUUCACCAUCACCAGCCAGCAGAAUGCGGAUAAUGUUCAGCGUGGCCUGCGGACUCCAACUAAGCAGAUCCUGAAGGAUGCGUCGCCCAUUAAGGCGAACGGCUUGGAUCUGCGCCGCCAGCUCACCUUCGACGAGGUGAAAACCAAGGUGUCGAGGAGUGCUAAGCUACAAGAACUGAAGGCGGUGCUAGCCAGGAAGGCGGCCCUCGAGCAAAAGCGCAAGGAGCAGGAGGAGCGCAACCGGAAACUCCGAGAGGCAGGACCCUCCCCUUCGAAGUCCAAGAUGAAUGUACAGCUGAAGGAGUUCGACACCAUCGAACUGGAGGUUCUUACCAGCCCUUGCAAGACCUUUAAGACGCCCACAAAAUUGCCACCACCCACACCGGACAAACAUGAGCUUAUGUCGCCGCGCCACACGGACGUCUCGAAGCGAUUGCUCUUCAGUCCGGCCAAAAAUGGAUCUCCAGUCAAAUUGGUGGAGGUUCCAGCCUACAAGCGAUACGCUAAUUUGGUGGAAACCAGCCGCGCCGGCCAACUCCCCUUGCCGUACAAAUACCGCCACUUACUGGACGUGUUUAAGGGUCUCGAUUCCGUGGUGGCCAUGUUCCACAACCGCAAGGAGACCAUCACAUUCAAGAAAUUGAAACCAGCAGUGCAACGCAUGCUGCGCAAGAAUUUCACCGAGACCCAUUUGGCCCAGAUCAGGCACAUCUAUCCGGAGGCUUUCAUAUUUAGCCAGAUGAAGAUGCGCAAUUUUGGAUCGGUGUCCAAAGCCGACUACUUCCAGCUGAUCAUCAGCCCCAAUGUAGAGCCGCUGCCCGAGCAGCAACAAUCAGAGAAACCGCAGCGUUUUGCUAAGAUCGAUGAGGAUGAUGUGCUCGCGUCGGCCCAGUCGACGUCUAUGAAUCCACACGUCAUGACCGCACGCAUGCAGCGCUUCCAGAGCCUAUUGCUCGAUCGAGUGAUGCGGGCACACGACCAGUUCCUGCGCUCCCAGGAUCCGCCGAUCAUCAUUGAUAAGGCGCUGACCCGCUGGCAUCCACAGUUCGAUCUGGAGAGCUGUCCGGAGGUGGAGCUGGCCCAGCUACCACAGCCACCGAAUGUGGAGAAGUACUCCUCGGCCAAGGAUAUUCUAUCUACUGCCCGAAAUCUUUUCAACUGCGCCACCCCGAUGGAGAGAGCAAUGGAUCGCUAUGAGGCCAAGUUAGAGGCGGACAAACAAGCGGCUGAAAGCAAUAAAAAGGCAGAAGAGCAGCCGACAGGAGUAGUCACUAAGACAAGUACGGGAACUCAGGCAACGCAGGAUGUACCGGGAGUAUCAGCAUCUCAAGGAAAACCUGCUGUUCCUGAAGCAACCGAUCAAACAACCACUGCCAAGCCUACGGUAAAAGAAUGCACAGCCCCAGAUGUCGGUUCCAAUCUACUGAAGGGCUUGCCAAAGUCACUGAUAGAGAAAAUCCGUGCUAAACAGGCAGCCAAGGCUUUGGAGGCGAUGACUAGGUGUCCAUCACAGGAUCAGGAGGCCACCAAGUACUCACGUUUGCCCGAACUGGCCAGACACCUGCGAAAUGUCUUCGUUACCGAGCGAAAGGGAGUGCUUACCCUGGAAGUAGUCAUUAAAAAGAUUCAGAACAGCUUCCGCGCCAAUCUCACACCUCAGGAAAUCGAGAAGCAUCUAAAGUUGAUCGCCAAAGAGCUGCCAAACUGGGCAUCAUUCCAUGAGGUGCGCAAAACCAUGUAUCUCAAGAUCGCCAAGGAUAUGGACAUGAAUAAGAUCAUCGAGGCGCUGGAGAGCGUGGCGAACGCAAAGAGCACUUGAAUCGGAUAUGCGCAUACGAAACCAGGACGCGGGACCCCGUCGAGCAAUGACCCUGUGGCUAAAUCCAGCUAUAUCAUUAAGUACUUGUUUAACUAGCUAACCAUUACUUUAUACAAAUAACCGGAUUAGGCUAAGCUCCUUGUGUUCCAACCAUACUGACAUUUCCACAUUGAAAAAGCACCUUGACAACCAGGAUUGGAUUCAUCACAUUUACCCAAGCAAUCUUUAGAACAUAAUUUUUUGGACCAACCGUUUAUACAUUCAUAUUUAUUAGUUUUAAGGCCAUUUUUCAUGUUGUAUCACGUUAAAUAAAUAAAUAUUUUUGCUGGAAAAUUGA